GCAGGUCCAGCACGCACACACCGCCCACACACACCCACGGAAGAAAUGCACACACACAACCAGCCAACCAGCCAACCGUCCCUCUCAUGUCUUGACGAGCUUGACGAGUAGGAAGUCGACGAAAGCCGAGUACCAACAUGACACUGAGGCCGCAGACACACACACGAGCAGGGCUUCUUGUUGCUGUUGUACCUUCAUUCACUCACUGCCUCCGGUCGUGUGGUGUCGUGUGGCUGUCUGUCACCUUUACUGACGCUCUGCACUGUCCAAAGGCCCUCGUCGCGCAUCUUGGCUUCGAACCUCCCCAGCUCAAAGGGCUCACCCAGAUAAUAAACGUACUUGCUGAACAGCUAGACACACGCAGAUAGACAGACAACACCGCACACACAAUCCAUCCAUCCAGCUUUGUGUGUAUCGCCCACAUCGCCCACGUGUCUACCCCUCUGACGCCUCUGGCGACUCUCGGGAGCAGUCGGUCGGUGUAGGCGGCAUUGCACACGAUCAGCGGCGCCUCCCUCUUGAUCCACGGUGCCCUUCCCAGGGCCUCGAAGAUGUCACCGGGCAGUAGCACGAUGGUCGUCACUAUCAGCACCGCAUCGAAAGACGUCCCUUCGGGCGGUGACCAACUGAGAAUGUCCCCCUGGACCGCCCGAAUGUUGUCAGCAAGACCGGCAGCGGCACAGCGCUCUCGCAGCCUCUCAAGCGCAGCCUGCAGCGGAGAAACACACACGCAACAGACAGACAAGUCAUUCAUUGAUCGGUGUCUGGUGCGUCGCCUGCUUUGCAUGUUGGCUGACUUGGUCCAGAUCCAGGCACCAGAGUGAGAGGUCCUUUUGUCUGAUGUCGUCAGCCAGCUGCACCAGUGCGUAUCCCUCCCCGGAGCCGACAUCGAGCACCCUGGCGCCUUGUGGGAGCUCCGCCAGCACUCGGCGAUAGAGGCUGGUGGUCUCCGGGCCAGCUAUGAACAAGUUGUACACCAAUCCUGCCAUGAUAGGAACAGCAAAGUCCUCUCAGUGAACCGCCGCUUC